CAUCACUGGUCUAGGAGUUGAGGCAAAGGCUACUGUGACCCCCAGGCCCAGCGGCUGGAAGGAGCGGGCAGGGCAGCCCCUUCCCUCAGCCUCCCUGCUGCCUGCUCUAGAACCCAUUUCAGGAAGUCAGGGCAUGAAGUGGGGCCCCCACUCCCCAUGAAGCCACUCCCAGGGUCUAGAAGACAGGUGUAUGCCCGGGGGAAAUUGGGGCCCUUUAUACUGCCCCAAUCGCCAGGAGUCAAGACAGCUCCGCCCACCUGGGCCUUCCGCUGUGUCCCCCCAACCCAGCACCUCAGCCCCAGCAGGAUCCCCAGGACCUAUUCACACAGGGGGCUUGGGUCUCACUUGCCACCAGGCUUGUCGUUACUCUGUUAGCUCUCUGAGGCCAGGGGUUUCUCUUCUUGGUCUUGUCAUUUCUUAUAUCUCUUAACACAUGCAAGCAGCACUGACUUUUUUCAUAUUUGCUGAAUGUAUGCAAGGAGGAGGGCAUCUCCCUGGCUCAAGAGCAAAUGGACAGAGAACUCAGAAGACCAGAAGAAAAUUCCUGGCCAUCCAGCAUGAUGUCCCAAGGAUCCUCACCCUCCCUCCUGGAGGCCCUGAGCAGCGACUUCCUGGCCUGUAAAAUCUGCCUGGAGCAGCUGCGGGCACCCAAAACCUUGCCCUGCUUGCAUACCUAUUGCCAGGACUGCCUUGCCCAGCUGGCCGAGGGCGGCCACCUCCGAUGCCCUGAGUGCCGCGAGACCGUGCCAGUGCCACCCGCUGGCGUGGCCGCCUUCAAGACCAACUUCUUUGUCAAUGGGCUCCUGGAUUUGGUGAGGGCUCGGGCUGGUGGAGACCUGCACGCAGGAAAGCCAGCCUGUGCGCUGUGCCCUCUGAUGGGGGGUGCCAGUGCCGGGGGGCCAGCCACAGCCCGGUGCCUAGACUGUGCUGAUGACCUGUGCCAGGCCUGUGCCGAUGGGCACCGCUGCACCCGACAGACUCACACCCACCGAGUGGUGGACCUGGUGGGCUACAGGGCAGGGUGGUAUGACGAGGAGGCCCGGGAGCGCCAGGCAGCCCAGUGCCCCCAGCACCCAGGAGAGGCCCUGCGCUUCCUGUGCCAGCCCUGUUCCCAGCUACUGUGCCGUGAGUGUCGCCUGGAUCCCCACCUGGAUCACCCCUGCCUGCCCCUGGCUGAAGCUGUGCGUGCCCGAAGACCAGGCCUUGAGGAGUUACUAGCAGGUGUGGACAAGAACCUGGCCGAGCUAGAGGCUGCCCGGAUGGUGGAAAAGGAAGCCUUAACCCGCCUGCGGGAGCAAGCGACCAGGGUGGGGACACAGGUGGAGGAGGCUGCUGCGGGGCUUCUCCGGGCCCUCCUGGCCCAGAAGAAGGAGGUGCUGGGGCAGCUAAAGGCCCACAUGGAGGCUGCCGAGGAGGCUGCUCGGGAAAGGCUGGGAGAGCUGGAGGGCCGGGAGCAGGUGGCCCGGGCUGCCGCUGCCUUUGCCCGUCGGGUGCUCAGCCUCGGUCGCGAGGCCGAGAUCCUCUCGCUGGAGGGGGCGAUUGCCCAGAGGCUCCGGCAGCUGCAGGAUUGUCCCUGGAUGCCUGGACCAGCCCCCUGUCUGCUGCCCCAGCUGGAGCUCCAUCCUGGGCUCCUGGACAAGAACAGCCAGCUACUGUGGCUCUCCUUUGAGAAUCAGCAGUCCCAGAAGGACAGUGGGAAAGAUGGAGCUGGGAGCCAGGGAGGUGAGGAAGCCCAGAGCCCCAGAGAGGAUGGAGCCAAGAUGGAGAGACAAGGUGCCGCCCAGCCCCAGAGUAGGGAUGGAGCCCAGACCCCAAAAGAGGACAGAGCCCAGCCUCCCCAGGAAAAUGGAGCCCAGACCCCAAAGACAGACAGAGCCCAGGCCCAGAGAGAAGGCAGAUCGCAGAUGCCUCAAGAGGAUGGAGAAGUCCAGACUGCAGGGGGCGGCAGAUCCAACAAGAAGAGGAAAUUCAAAGGCAGGCUCAAGUCCAUUUCCCGGGAGCCCAGCCCUGCGCCCGGGCCCAACCUGGAGGGCUCUGGCCUCCUCCCCAGGCCCAUCUUUUCCUGCAGCUUUCCCACUCGGAUGCCUGGAGACAAGCGGUCUCCCCGGAUCACUGGGCUCUGUCCCUUUGGCCCCCGGGAGAUCCUGGUGGCUGAUGAGCAGAACAGGGCUCUGAAGCGCUUCUCCCUUAAUGGCGACUACAAAGGCGCUAUACCUGUCCCCGAGGGCUGCUCCCCGUGCAGCGUGGCCGCCUUGCAGGGUGCGGUGGCCUUCUCAGCUGGGGCUCGGCUGUACCUCAUAAGCCCUGACGGUGAGGUGCAGUGGCGCCGGGCACUGAGCCUGUCCCAGGCCAGCCAUGCGGUGGCUGCCAUGCCGAGUGGGGACCGGGUGGCUGUCAGUGUGUCGGGGCACGUGGAGGUGUACAACAUGGAAGGCAGCCUGGCCACCCGCUUCAUCCCGGGGGGCAAGGCCAACCGAGGCCUUCGGGCACUGGUGUUUCUGACCACCAGUCCCCAGGGCAAUUUUGUGGGGUCAGAUUGGCAGCAGAAUAGUGUGGUAGUCUGUGAUGGGCUGGGUCAGGUGAUUGGGGAGUACGGAGGACCAGGCUUGCAUGGCUGCCAGCCAGGCUCCGUGUCUGUGGAUAAGAAGGGCUAUAUUUUUUUGACCCUCCGAGAGGUCAACAAGGUGGUGAUCCUGGACCCGAAGGGGUCAUUGCUAGGCGACUUCCUGACAGCCUAUCAUGGCCUGGAAAAGCCCCGGGUGACCACCAUGGUGGACGGCAGGUACUUGGUCGUGUCCCUCAGUAACGGGACCAUCCACAUCUUUCGGGUCCGCUCUCCUGACAGUUAAAGGACUGGGCCUGGGGUGGAACUGGGUGGGAUUGGGGAGGGAGUGGGGCAGGGUUAUCAUGGGAGGUGGUGGACGAGGCAUUUUCCCAGAGGGCAGGUGUUGGCAACCUUUCCCUGUAACAUGCCACACUGCCAACCCCGUUUUGGGUGUGCAGAGUUAGGGACCAAGGCGUGGGGCAUGACCAAAGUUCCCAGAAGCAGAGGAGGAGGGACUGGCAGGGUGCUGGGAGUAAACCACCUCUUGCUUUUUGUGGGUGACUGCCCCCACCAUCACCGCCACCCCCUCUGCUACUCUUGUUAUAGUUUAAGUCUCUGAGAUUGGUAAGCUUGUCCUAAUUUGCAUUCUUCGAAACAAUUCCUGGUGGAGGAGCCCAGCGGGAGUCUUUGGGGAGGUGGGCAGAAGUCCUCCGAGCCCACAAGGUCUCAGGGUGUGUCAGGCACAUGCCUCUGAACUGGCUCUCCCCGGAUUGGGACAGGGACACGCCAGGUCAGAAGAGGCCUGGGAUUUCAAAACGGCAGUUCAUGGCAUCUCCCACAGCCGUGGGCAGGAGUGCAGGCUUCUCUGAUAAUAGCGUCCCCCAUGCAGUAUGGGAUGGGCUUCAUGGGCUACCAAGUGCAGGGCCAGCCCGGACUAAGAGGGGUUUACCUCAAAGUCCACAAAGAGAAUGUGCUGCUGGAAGACAACCUGGCAGGGUCAGAGUCUGAUACCCGGGGUUCUGAGUGUGAGAGAAGGGACCCCAGGUGCCCCUGCCACCUCUGAGCCAAGACUUAUGUAGGAUCUCUUCUGUGUUUAUAUCUUUACAUUUCCUGGAGUCUAUAUUUAGUUUCCUCUUAGUUUUCCAGCAAAAUUCCGUUGGAGAAAUGUUGGCUUUCAUUGGCUGAACUAAGGGGUGAGGGAAUGUGUCCUUCGGUAGGCCACUGCUGCCGGGGCCAACAACCCAACCCUAGAGGCCUGCUGUGGGAUUGGGGAGACAAUGGCUGGAAACCCUAAGAAGUUGUAGUGGGGCUAGGAUGGUGGAGGAGUGAAAACCGGAGGGAAGGACCUUGGAGGUGAACCACAACCACGGGUUCUUUGCGUAGGUCAUGGCAAUGGUGGAACUGAGGUGGACGUGUUUAGCCAGGGGCUGUCGAGAGAUGACCUGAGGGAAUCGUAAUGUUAGGAUCAUGGACAAUGGAGUGUUCGAGGGAACCAGGGGAAUUAGGACAAGUCCAAAUCGAAAGCGCAGAGCAUGGAGGAGGGGACGUAUUGCUUGUUUAUUGAUGUGAUGGGGGAAAUCUUCAAGGCCAGGUGAACAAAUUCAAUUAUAUAAAAAUUGAAAUGUGUACAGCAAAGAACGAAGAUUUUAAAAAACAAUAAGAUGAGAAGACUGCAUAUGUAGAAUUGAUCUGAGUAAGAGCUGAGCCUGCAUAUAUGCAGUGACCAACAUAUCUUACUUGGUCAGAGGACCAAAUAGGCUGUGUGCCCAGGAGGAAACGUGCACAGGCCAAGACUACUAAGCAAAACGAUUUUUAAAAGUCAGCCGCUUUCAUGUGUCAGAAAUACAUUUUUAAAAUAUGUCGUGGAGAAACAGACUCCUGGCACUAUAAAAUGGUGCUUCCUGGAGAGAAUUUUAGCAAUACUUGACAAGAGUACAAAAAAAAAAAUGACUGUAAAACUCAGUUAUCUCACUUUGGGGAAUACGUUCUGGGAAAAUAAUUCAAAAGAAAAAAGUAUUUGCACAGAGGUAUUUGUGGCCACCCUAUAAAUUACAGUCUUGACUGGAACUGCUCAGCUGUGGGGGACAGCUAAGUAGAUUGUGGUCUGUUAGGACAAUGAGCUACUGCCUUCAUAUAUGAUAACUAUGAAAACUAUUUACAAGAAUAUGUUGUGUGAUGUAAUCACAAGGCAAAAGAGAAUUCGGAUUAUGAUCACAUGAUGAUUGCAACAAGGUGAAAGCAUGUCUGAAUCAUUACCAAGUGGAAAUAGGUUCAAAAUAUGUAAAUAGUCAGUGAUUUGGGAGAUUGGGUUCUUUCUGAGUUAUUUUGUGCUGUUGUUACUCGUAUAUGCACAUUACUACUUAGUUAUUUUUGUCCAUUAAGUAACAUAUGCUUGAAUAUUUACUUUAAAAAUACACCUCUAUAAAUGAUAUUCAAGAAGAGCUCCUGGAUUUGCGAAUGGAUAUGUCUCUUAGCACAAAUGAGACUGUUCUGAUAGAAGAGGGGCAGGAGUCAGGGGGAGAGUACCAGCUGGCCGGGCGUGGCAGGGAGAAAGGCCAUCAGAGCAGGGGUCUAUUUGGUGACUGACCAAGGAGCCCUCUAUGGGAAGGGUUACCAAGGUCAGUGAUCCCUUAAGGGAGAUCAUUGUGGAGUGCUCAGAAGGCAGGGGAAGGUCUUGUUGAGUUUGCCAACUAAUUCAGACCAACUGGAAACCAAGUGGUGGUUCUAAGGAACCAACUAGUGUCGGGUGAGUUGCAUUGGUGGGGAGGGUCUGUCUUUGCAGCUCUGUCUGCAGAGUUAACAAAAAGAUGGCUC